UAGUUGAUAAAAUUGAUUGUCAGAAAUCUCAUCUCAAUUUAUAUACUCGUUCUUAGUCCUUGUAUUUGCAACGCAUAAACUUCGAACACAUCAUUGUUUGGUACGACUGAUGGAUGUGAUUCACGAGAUUUUAAAUGUUGUUUUUCCAGUUUUCUCGAUCAUUUUUUUCGUGUUCUUGGUGCCUACACGUUGGUUCUUUAAUCUCAUUAGGCUCUGCUUCAAAUUUGUGUAUCCUGAAGAGCUUGCGAGAAAAGUAAUACUCAUUACUGGAGCUUCCACUGGUAUCGGUGAGCAUUUGGCGAUUGAGUAUGCGAAAGAAGGGGCAUGUUUGAUAUUAGUUGCAAGAAGAGAGAAACAACUCCGAAUGGUGGCCAAAAAUGCUAAGGCAGUGGGAUCGCCCGAUGUGAUUGUGAUUCCAGCAGAUGUUUCGAAACUUGAGGACUGUAACAAAAUUGUUGAUGAAACUAUCAAACAUUUCGAUAAAAUUGAUUACCUCAUUAACAAUGCUGCUAUCGGAAAGUUCGGUCUCUUUGAGGACUUAAAGUGUCUCACUGACCACACUUCUGUCAUGGAUGUUAACUUUUGGGGAUCAGUAUAUACCACGCAUUUUGCACUUCCGCAUCUACGGAAAAAUAAAGGAAAAAUAAUUGCGAUUUGUUCUUGUGGGGGAUGGUUUGCUACACCACGAGUAGGCGUCUAUAACGCUAGUAAGGCGGCGUUGCUAAGUUUCUUUGAAACGUUGAGGAUCGAAGUUGGUUCAUAUGUUGAUAUAUUGGUAGUUACUCCAGGAAUGGUCGAGACCAACUUAACUGAUAAAGAUUGGUUAGAAGAGGGAAAUGCAUCAUGGAUACCGAAGAUAUCAGCUCAAAGGUGUGCCAAGGCGAUUGUAAAUAGCACCAAACGUGGAGAUAAAUAUUUUACAGAGCCUUCAUGGAUGAAGAUGGUAUUAUUGUGGAAGACAUUUUGUCCAGAGAUUCUUGACUCGAUUAUGAACUUUGUGUUCAUAAUUUGGCCACAGAUUUCCCAAAAAGAAAAGAAAAAUUAAACAUCCCGUUGAUAUCAAGUACAAGUAACUUUGUGAAUGGAAAAAUAUUUGUAUUUCAUACAUGUGUUUCUUUUAAAUGCUUGAGCCGAAAAUGGAUGUACGAAUCUAGUUAUACGGUAUACAUAUAUUAUGAAAGAUGGGUAUGUCUAGUACGAAUCAUGUAAUCAUGAAAUGGAAUGAAAGAAAUAAAAAAUUGAAUUAUAUGUGAAAAA